CACAGUGAACAAACUUUAAAAAAACUACUGCCGGACAUCAGGAAACUGACUUUCAUCGCACAACCAAUUUAUUAUUACCUUCCAGAAUCACGAUGGAGCUUUCGUAUCAAUCUAUAAAAGUCUCCCACCAAGCCCGGGAAGCGGAUGAACUGAGGGCUGAGAUGAGGAAAAAGAGCCUCCUGAGCCUCAUCUACCACCACCUGCUUGGGCAGGGCUACGUUGCCGCCGCAGUGGCCUUGGACCAGGAGACUAAUGGAGGUGUGAAAAGGUUCGAGGUCUGCGAUAACAUCGAUCUGGAGAUGGUGCUGAUGGAGUAUGAGAGUUAUCACUACGUCAAGUUCCAGAAAUAUCCCAGACUUAUCAAAAGAGUAGCAGAACCAGGUGAAAGCAGGAAUGCCAGAAGUGGUGGAGUAAAGAGGAGUUCGUGUUCAGCUGUCAAGCCUCUCCCCAAAAUCAACCCCUCCCAGAGCCAACAGUCAGGAAACGUCGCCAGGAAGACAGCAGCCAGUUCACAUACAAAUGAGAACGGCUCCUCUGCUCCUCCAGAUUCAUCUGAAUUUGGUCUCAACGUGUCCUCCAUCAGAAACGGACCAGCCGGGGAGGCAACCAUGAACAAAAAGGGCCAGAUGACUGACGGCAAAGUUUCAACCCUCGAGACAGUCAAAGGAGCUGGCAGUGACUCGGACCAAACGGAGCGGCUGCUGAAGCCCCUCAGUGGCUUUUCUGGAAUGAGCGGUGAGAUGAGAGAGCUGGCUGCGAUCAUCAGCAGGGACAUCUAUUUGCAAAGCCCCAGCGUGCGGUGGGAGGACAUCAUUGGCCUGGAGGACGCCAAGCGAUUAGUCAGAGAGGCCGUUGUCUAUCCCAUUAAGUACCCCCAGCUGUUUACAGGCGUCCUGUCUCCGUGGAAGGGCUUGCUGCUGUAUGGUCCUCCAGGUACAGGUAAGACGCUGCUCGCCAUGGCCGUGGCUACAGAGUGCAAGACGACCUUCUUCAACAUUUCAGCCUCCAGCAUCGUCAGCAAGUGGAGAGGAGACUCUGAGAAACUGGUCAGGGUCCUCUUCGAGCUUGCCAGAUACCACGCUCCAUCCACCGUCUUCCUCGAUGAACUGGAGUCGGUGAUGAGCCAGAGAGGAACCAGCGUGGGAGGGGAGCACGAGGGGAGCCGCAGGCUGAAGACCGAGCUGCUGGUUCAGAUGGACCAACUGACGAGAUCAGACGAGCUGGUUUUCGUGCUGGCUGCCUCCAACCUGCCUUGGGAACUGGACCACGCCAUGCUGAGAAGGUUAGACAAGAGGAUCCUCGUUAGUCUUCCCUCCCUGCCAGCUCGCCAAGCGAUGAUCUCUCAUUGGCUGCCUCCGCUCAGCUCCACAGGACGGGUGGAGCUACGAACUGAGCUGGACUAUGAAACUCUGGCCAAGGAGACGGAGGGUUACUCUGCUCUGACGUACUCUGGCUCUGACGUAAGACUGGUGUGUAAGGAAGCUGCCAUGAGACCAGUCCGCAAGAUCUUUGACGCUCUGGAGACACAUCAGGACGGCGACACUGACAUGCCUGCCAUCCACCUGGACACUGUGACAACAGCCGACUUCCUGGAAGUCAUCACGCACACCAAACCCUCCGCCCGAAACCUGAUGGACAGAUACACCGCCUGGGAGAGAGAGUACGAGUCAGUCUGACACACAGGCAUGUUUUAACACGACAAAAUAAAC